GCGUGGUGUGGGCAGCUCUGGGCAGAGGCUGCCUGUGCUGGUGGCUCGUGUUUUGGGUGGUGGGUGUGAGAACAGGGGGGCUGAUCCUGUCUGCCCCAUCCCAUUCCUGCUGUAUGAUUCCAGCUGAGAAUCCUCCCCUGGCUGCUGGGAACCAUCCCCUGGCAGAGAGCAGCAGCAGAGCGAGUGGUGGCUGCAGGCCGGCUGCACGCACCGCUGGGGCCCUGCUGGGAGCUGUCAAAAAAAGGCCGUUUUAGGGCUUUGCUACUUACACUAUCAAAUAUCAGCUCUUCCUUGAGCCCCUUGGGAGGGAGUUGUCUGAGAACUGCCAGUCCCCAGGAACCAGAUGGGAGCAGCAAGUCUCUCGUGUGGGCAAAGCUUUGUGUAGCUGUGGCCAGGCUGGAGAAACUCACCGCUGACCUCUCUCUUGCUGAGGGAGUUAAACAUUAGGGCAGUGGGAAGCACCGGGGGCAGGAGCUGGGGCACUGUUGGAAAUAUCUGCAGUUUUCAAGGUUAAUUCCAGCUCUCUGGUGGAGGUGACUGCUGGCCUGAUCACAGUCACCGAGUUAGGUGGGGGGUUUUUUUGUUCGUUUUUGAUUCACAUGCUGCCAAUUUGAGCUCCUUCUGCUGCUCAUAUGACCGUCAAGAGGGGCAGAGCAGCGGCUCUGCCAUCCCCAGCGUGUGGUGGGAGCCUCCCGGCCCCAGGCGCGGCCGCGGCGCUCCAUCCUGACGCGUCUCGGGGGAAGGGAGAUGGCUGGAGGAGAGCAGCGCUCCCCGCAAAGUCCUGUGCCCGCUCAGCUGCCGGGGCCGGAGCCGCCUGCCCUCUCUCAGCGGUGACGAGGCCGUCACGCCGUGUUUAUGCAGCGGUUUGCGCCGCGAUGUGUUUUCAGCGCCCCGGGGUCAGCAUCCCUGCUCGCAGGCUUGUCAGGGGGAGACGCAUCCACAGCUGUUAGCGGCGCUCUCUUCACCGAGACCCCCCACGACAUGACGGCACAGGCGGGUGAGGAUGUGGAGAUGGCGUGUUCCUUCCGCGGCAGCGGCUCCCCCUCCUACUCCCUUGAGAUCCAGUGGUGGUACGUCCGCAACCACAAGGACUGGACGGACAAACAGACCUGGGCUUCCAGUCAGCUGAAAUCAUCACCACCAGAGGAGCCUGGGAAAGAGGCGACAAAGAUCAGCGUGGUGAAGGUGGUCGGCAGCAACAUCUCCCACAAGCUGCGGCUGUCGCGAGUGAAGCUGGAGGACGAGGGGACGUACGAGUGCCGGGUGAUCGACUCCAGCGACGGCAAGGCGCGGCACCACAAGGUGAAGGCGUACCUGCGGGUGGAGGCAGCGGGGGGCCCGGGGCACCCCCAGGACACCGAGCUGCGGGAGGCCCCGCUGGCAGAGCUCGCCGCGCCGGGCUCAGCCCACGCACACCACCAUCACCACCACCACAAAGCCGGGAAGGAGCUGAAGAAGCGCUCGGCAGACGCCUCCUGUGUGCUGUAGGUGGGCGGUGCGGGAGCACGCCGGAGCCCCUCUCCGCCCCGGACUCAGCGGAGCCACCGAGGGUCCCGCACCCCCUGCCAGAGACUGGCCCCACCGCCCCGUCUUGUCCAGCACCCCUCACCACCCCCUGUCCCACGGGGCACAGCGGUGCCAGGGCUCGGCGUGGCGCGGGAGCCGGACCUGCCGGUGCCACGGGCGCACGGCUGGGGCUGUGCCCGGGGCCAGGGCCUGUGCCUGUGCCCGCACGCGUGGUCCCCAUCCCCUCGGCCCCGUGCGGGUGGGCGCCCGCUGCCCGCUGCCACCGCGGUGCCGCGGGCCGUGCCGUGUCCCAGCUCUCCGCCCACUGGGGACCCUCCUGCCCGCGGGACCCUCCCUGCCCUCCCCCGUGCUUCGCAGACCCAGCCGCCUGUCCCUGUAGGUUGCCCCGUUUAGUUGCUCGGUUCCAGCCCCACAGUGCGUAUCUACGUUCCAGCCUCCAUCCCACAGCCCGUGUGUAUCCGCCCCCGCCUGCCCCGCAGCCCCCAGCACGUCAAGGCCUGAGCUCAGCAGAGGAAGUUCGGCACGGCACAUUCCUGGCAUCCUCCCGGCACGCUCCGGCAUCGCUCAGCCAGGCAGCUGCCCGUGCUCCGUGUGUGCCUGGGAUGGUGUGCCGUGGGAGCUGGCCCCUUGCACCCAUCACUCCUCCUCCCCCGGCAUUCCACGGAGGAUGGGGCGCCCAUCCGCCAGCCCCCUCCACCCUGGCCCGGUCCCGCUGCCCGUGCUGCCGUGGCUCUCGGGCCCCUCUCAGUCAAACAUCUCUCCCUCCCAGGCCACAGCACCACACUGCCCCGGCAGGGUCCGGCCCACGGGCUCUGGUGUCGCAGUGCCAACAGCAGAGCCCGUCGCUGCUGCCCCCACGGGUGACCACGGCCACUGGGGACAGAGCCCUGGGGAGGGAGAGGGGGGUCCCCAGGCUCCCCACCCGGGUACUGGGCGCUGCUCCCCUGCUGCCUCCCAGCCUGCCACCAUCAGAUCUGCUGCAGCUAAUAAAGCUCUUUAAAGGAA